UCCAUCCCUGGUUUGCAGCCCGGCAAAAUUGCGUCUUGUGAAAUUAUAAAUGGUAGCAGUUGCUUGGACACGCUCUUGUUGAAACGGCACCAUGUCAUCCAUUGACAAGUUGUCCAUCCAGGGAGUCCGGAGUUUCGGCUCCAACGCAGAAGAUCUUCAGAGCAUGACGUUCUCAUCGCCGGUUACCCUGAUUCUGGGCGAGAAUGGGUGUGGAAAGACGACUGUUAUAGAGUGCCUGAAGUAUGCUCUCACCGGCGAGUGCCCGCCGGGCAGUGAUCGCGGCAAGAGCUUCGUCCACGACCCCAAGAUCUUCGGACUGAGCGAGUCGCUGGCGCAGAUCAAGAUGCAGGUGCGCGACAAGCGGGGCGCCCAGGUGUCCAUCUGUCGCACCAUGAAGGUGUCCAACAAGAUGUCCAACAAGCGCAACCAGGUGUCCUUCGAGACGAUGGACUCCACCAUCAACUUCCUUAGCGGCGCUGGGCAAUCGAAGCGCGAGAAUCAGGACUCCCUAAGCGGGCGCACCGUGGACAUCAAUUUGGCCAUCUCGGACUUCAUGGGCGUCUCCAAGGACAUUAUCAACAAUGUCUUGUUCUGCCAUCAAGAGGACUCCAGUUGGCCGUUGGACGAGGCGAAGAAGCUGAAGGAGAAGUUCGACGCCAUAUUCGGCAUUACCCAGUACAAUAAAGCCUUGGAUAAAAUCAUAAAGCUGCGCAAGGAGGCCGUGGAGGAGCUGAAGGUGAUGGUUGCAAACAUGAAGCAUUUGGCCUUUCUCAAGGAGGAAAUGGAGGUGAAGACCAUGAGCCUACAGAGGGCCCAGCAAAAAUGCGACGAUAUCAAGGCGCAGUGCAGCGAAUGCGAGGAGGAGAUCAAGCCCAUCGAGGCCAGGCUGGUGGAAAUCAGGAACGUGGAGUUCGAAAUCGGAAAGUACCAAGCGCAAAAGGUCGAAAUGGACACCAAGCACAACAACUGCAAGGAGCAGAUCACCACCACAACCCGGAAGAUCAAGAGCCUCUUCAAGGGUUCUCUUGUUGAGCUGGAAGCGGAGAUCAACAACUUCGACCAGCGCAUGUCAGAGAUGCGGCAACAGCGAGCCGAGACAGAGCAGAAUCUGUCGCAGCUUAAGAAGACCAGUGCAACUGAGCAGGAGAAGUUGGGCCAGCUGGAAAAGAAGCACAUCCUGGCCAAGCAGCAGUUCCAGAGCGAGCAGACUUGCAGGGCCCAGCUACUGCAGCGUGUCCAGGACUUCUGCCGCGAACUACACAUCCCCAUCGAUGGCAAUCUUGUCGAGGAGCCCGCGAAGCUGGUGGAAGUGCUGCAGGACAUCGAGGCGAUGAUACUGAGCAAGCACUGCGAGAUCGCAGAGAUCGUGGAGCAGAACGACAAGGCCGAUCGGUCCAGACAGCUAAAGAUCGACGAACUGCGCAUCGAGCUGACCAAAUCGGAGCAAAGCGUGACAGCGCAGGAGAAGCAGAGGGAGAGCAGCAAACGCGAGAGCGAGACCCUUGGGGUAGAUAUUAAAAAAAUCGAAGCCUCCAUGCAGGAACUGAAGAAGCUGGAGACGGAAUUCGCCGAUGUAAACCAGCUGUAUGAAAGGGCUACAAAGGAUUUGAACCAGGAGGCCAUGCGAGAGGUCAUCUCCAGCAAGAAGGCCAGUAUUGCCGACAAGCAGAAGCUGUUCAAGAAGCUGGACGAACAGCUGACUUUCCUGGGCUCCAUGGCCAAGCUGGUUGCCGAAAUAGGUCUCAAGCAGAAGGAGCUCGAGAAGAAGAAACAGGAAGUGCAUCGCGUGCGCAACCGUCAUGCGGAUAACUUUGGGAAAUUCUUCAAGGAACCCAUCAGCAGCAACUACCGCCGAUCGGUGCAGGGAGCCUUCGACAAACUGCGCCGCGAGAUCAACGAUCUCAACGAGAAGGCCAGCCAGCAGAAGCUGAAGGAGCAGUCGUUCGAGAUAAGGCGUAAGAACCUCAUCGGCGAGAUUUCGCGCAUGGAGAAGGAGCUUAAGGAGAGCGAGGAGCUGAUAUAUCAAAAGUGUCGCUCAACGCCCUACGAGGAUCUCCUGGAGCGCAGCAAAGCUGCCAUUUCCAAGCUGCAGUUCGACCACGGCGCCCUCAAAUCCUCGGAGGCCCUUUACAAGAAGUACAUACAAAAAAUCGAAGAAGAGCCCUGUUGUCCUUUAUGCCACCACAAUAUGUCUGGUGAUGAGGCCUGUGACUUGACCAACGAGCUGACCGACGAGAUCCAAAAGUUGCCGGACAAUAUCAUCAGAGCUGAGAGGGCACUGAAAGCGGAGCAAUUGAAGUACGACAACUUGCUGCACAUCAAGCCCAAUAUUCUGAAGGUUCAGGAGCUGAAGAACUCUUUGCCCCAAAAGAAAGAGGAGUUGCGAAAAGUCGAGGAGCUGCUCGGAGAUAGCGUCAGCGAAUAUGAGACGUUGCUUGCUCUGAUUGGCGAGCCCACGCAGAACAUGGAGUUGGCGAACUCCAUGAUGGGGGACAUGACCCUAUUGGACGCGGCUUUAAUGGACUCGGGUCGGCUAACAAAAGAUCUGGAUCAGCAGAGGGCCAAGUUACCAGCUUCCUAUGAUUCGAGUGUUUCGAUGGAUGCUCUGCAGGCGGAGAAGAGCCAGGUUUCCAAAGAUUUGGAGGCGGAACGCAAGGAGUUGGACUCCACUCAAAACGCAUUCCAACAGCAAAUGGAUGCCCUAAACCGUUUGCGCGAAAAGAAAAAUAGCUUGAAAGAUAGGCAAAUACAUCUACAGGAGGGUCUGCAAAGUCUGCCACAGUUAAAGGAGCGUUUGAGCAAGCUCAAUACUUUUCUUGCCACAGUAGCCACUGAAAUAAGUGAACUAAAGGCCAAAAUUCAGCCCCUAAGGCAGAAUCUGAAAUCUGCCAUAGACGAAAAAGAACGCUUAAAGGAAAGUGAAAAAGUCAAGCUUGCUCAGUUGAAUAGCAAAUAUAAUUCAUACAAAAGUGCGGAUCAGGACAUACAAAGAUUAAAUACCGAAGCUCAGGAGUAUAGCAAGUUGAAUCUUCAAAAUGAAAUCAAGAAACUUGAAGAGAAUAAAAAGACCCUCAAAGAGCAGCUGAGAAAAUUGGAAAUCGAAGUCUCAUUGAAAACCGAUGACCUGGAGACUAUUAAAACAGAAUGCCUCAACCAGCAGACCGUUGAACGAGAUCUAAAGGACAAUCGCGAGCUAAAACAGCUCCAGGAAAAGGAAGCCAAGCUGAGCGAAGCCUGCAAGACGCUAGACAAGCAACUGGGUAACCUAGACUUCCGCAGCGUUAGCAAAGAGAAAGUGGAGCUGACCAAGCGGCGGGAUAAGGCCACCGUGCGUAAGGGCGAGCUGCUGGGCCAGCAGGGCGAGAUUAACAGCCAGGUGAACAAGUUGAAGCGGGAAAUCGAUGAGCCCAGAUUUAAGGAGUCCCUUAAGAACUUCCACAAGGCCAACUAUGAGCUGAUGGUGACCCGUCUCAGCAUCGAGGACUUGGGCCAGCAUCGUCUGGCCUUGGAGUGGGCCCUGAUCCAGUUCCAUGCCGAGAAGAUGGAGAAGAUUAACCGCCUGAUACGCGAGUACUGGCGCAUGAUUUAUCGCGGCAACGACAUUGACUAUAUCCAGGUGAAGACGGACGAGGUCAGCCCGGAUGCUGCGGCGGACCGCCGCAAGACCUACAACUACCGAGUGGUCCAGUCGAAGAACAACACGGAGAUCGAGAUGCGGGGACGCUGCAGUGCUGGCCAGCGCGUCCUCGCCUCGCUCAUUAUCCGCUUGGCGCUGGCCGAGACGUUCAGCAGUAAUUGCGGCGUCCUCGCCUUGGACGAGCCCACAACGAACUUGGAUCGCAUCAAUAUAACCUCACUGUGCGAUGCCCUCAACUGCAUCGUGGAGGAGCGCCAAAGCCAGUCCAACUUCAUGCUCAUCAUCAUUACCCAUGACGAGAAUUUCAUCUCGUCGCUGGGCAAGAUCAACAGCUACCAUCGGGUCUUUCGCAACGAUGAGUGCAAAUCUGUUAUUCGGAAAGUGCAGGUCGGCUAAAUGGCCUAUAAAAAAAGGGUUUUCAAACAUGUUAAAAAACAGUUAAUACCUAUAUCAAAUUUUUCUUUCAAAAAAUGUUAUUUUGUUUUUAGUCCACCACGACCGUGUGCUAUAAAAUAUUCGUGAAACAUUUGUGGAAAAUACUGAUUUUAAAGGCGUUUAAACCGAAUGUCAGUUAGUAUUUGAGUUGUAAGCCAAGGCAAUUCUGACUUUGGUUGAGUUCAACAUCAUCACUCCUACUAUUCUACUCUUUAAUAAAUAUUAUUCCCAGUUCGGGUUUAAACA